AUGUUCAAAGUGCUGAAAUCUUCAACAUACUAUAAAGAAUCACUCAAAAAUGAUAUAAAGAAAAUAUUACUUUCUAAAGAGAUAACCAAAAAACUUUAUAAUAAUAUUAUUGCAAUUGGCUGUAAUGAAUAUUUUGAAAAUGAAUUACUUGAAAUUAAUUUUGAAUGUGAUAUUACAUUAGAUAAUAUUAGAGAUAUAGAUGAUAGUUCUCAAAAAAUUUCAAGAAAGAUUGCUGAUUUAAUUG